AUUAAGAUUUGCUUCAAAACUCAUUUGUGGCUUAGGGAAGUAUGACUAAAAGUAUACCAGAGCUGUAAAGAACCCAUUGUUAUGCAGCAUCAUGGAUGGAACCAUAACAUUUAAGUAAAAUCUAUAUAUUUUCUCCUUUUUUGCAGGUUAUGGGGCACAGUUGGCUGUAGCCCUCUAUUUUCUUCCAUCUUGCAGAGUGCCUUGAGUUUUGAACUCCUUUCUUAUAUGUGUGUGUUUUAUUUUCUUUAAAUCUCAGAAAAGCUUAUUGUUGAUGGAAAGGUGGAAUUCUGUAUGAUAGAGCUUGGAAAAAUUGCCUUUUAUUCUGUGAGUACACUUCAUCUUCAGCACCUGAACAGUAUUUCUUUUUAUAGGCAAAAGAUAUCCCUGCAAAUGUAUCAGAUAAAUCAGACUGUGGUCACUGAGUUUAUCCUGCAAGGGUUUCCAGGCUCGGCUGAGUUGCAGAAAUAUCUCUUCGUCCCGAUUCUUUUUAUCUACCUCCUCACAAUCACUGGAAACAUCCUGAUCAUUGUCAUUGUUGCCCAUGAUCCUCAUCUCCAUAAUCCCAUGUACUUCUUCUUGGGGAAUUUUUCUUCCUUGGAGAUCUUCUAUGUCACCACCUUGUCACCCAAGAUGUUGGCUCACUUUUUAGCAGAGAAAAAGUCCAUUUGUUUCUACUGUUGCAUCUCUCAAGCUUUUUUCCAUUUCUUCCUCGGAGCCACAGAAUUUUGCCUUCUUGCUUCAAUGUCCUUUGACCGCUACAUUGCCAUCUGCAAACCAUUGUAUUACAACAGCAUCAUGAAUUUCAGACUUUGUCUCCAACUAGCCUUGGGCUCAUGGUUGGGAGGGUUAUUCACUGUCAUUGUCCAGAUGGUUUUACUAUGCCUGCUCCCGUUUUGUGGUCCCAAUAUGAUCAACCACUUCUACUGUGAUGUGACCCCCUUACUGAGUUUAGUUUGUGCUAAUACAUAUCUGCUUGAACAGAUGGUGUUAUUGGGAUCAGUCCUUCUUCUGUUCAGUACCUUCCUAUUCACUGCCAUCUCAUAUAGCUUGAUCAUCUUCACCAUAAUGCACAUCUCUUCGUCUUCAGGGAGACAGAAGGCUUUCUCUACUUGUGUUGCCCACCUUACAGUUGUAUCCAUCCAGUAUGGAACUGUAAUGUUCAUGUACGUUAAGCCCAAUGCCAACUCUUCUUUGGAAAUAAACAAGGUGGUUUCUGUACUUAAUACCAUUGUAACCCCUCUGCUCAACCCUUUCAUCUACACUCUGAGGAACAAAGAUGUCAAAGAAGCUUUGAAGAAAAUGAUAUGUACUAAAGAUAAAAUGUUUCAUUGA